UUUUAUUUUGUGUGCAGAUUAAUGGAGAGUAAGUUAAUUAAAUCAUAGUUAGAUAUAUUUCGUGGCAAAAUACAUUCAUUUACGAAAGGAAAAUCGCUACCAAAACAACAACAAUGCGAGGAAUGUAGGCUAAACGUAUACUGAAAAGAAAGGAGUUGUAUGAGAAUGGAUACUAAUACCCAGAAGAAAAAGUUGCCCGAUCGGCCGUUUUAUCUUCCUCAAGGAGAAACAACUAGUUCUAGAAUUAUCACUGAAGCAAAAGAAUCUCUUGGCAACAGAACAGGCUUACAGGCAGUAGUUACAAAGAGACCAUGUACACCCAGGGAUGCCACAAGAUCUCUCUUUGGUGCUUCAAGCUCCAGGACCCCAGAAAACAGACCACCCAGUUCUUUCAGUCUAGGAUCUCGUCACUUUGAUGGAUCUGAUACCUCCAGACCAGCCUCUAGAGGGCGCUUACAGCCCAUCAAUCAUACACCUACUUUCUCUACCCUCUCAGAAGAAAAACCAAAAAUUCCAUCAGAAGAGGAGAUUGAAUCCGGAUUACUUCCUCCAAAGCCUCCUUCUGAUCCCAACAAAGUCCAACGAGGGAAGGCCACCAGAACACGAUUACAACAGUCCACCAGUGUAGAGAGCUCAUUAAGUUCAGAGGUCAAAUCUCGAGUAGAUACCAGUCCUUCUGAUGGAAAGAAUGUAGAUGAGUCAGUUAGAAGGGUUCACAGUGGUCCAAAAGAGAGGACUACUAUUCCUGUGGAGGAAAGGGGAGAAGGUGAUGGGAGGGAAAUGCCCCACAGGGCACCUAGCUCUGCCUCUGUAAGGAGCCCACCUCAAAGUGCAGAGAGCAGGGCAGGGAGUGGUGGAACAAAAAGGACAUCUAGUGCUGGAAGUACAGGCAGGGGAGGUUCGGCAGGGAGGCGAGAAGAGGAGACAGCAGAGGAAGCAUUGUUUUUCAGUCAGAAUAUAAUUCCACUGUUAGAACGAAUGACGGAAGCAAGCAGCAAAAAAGACUCAAAGAGGCUAGGGCAGGUGACAGAAGAAUUGUACUCCUUGCUGCAGAAGGAAAACUUACUUGGCAGGAAUUGUAAACAACGCACCACUAUCUUAAAGUCUAUAUUUAAACUUCUGGAUGUAGAUGACUCACGUAUUCAGCUCAAACUAGCAAGACUGAUUCUUGCUUUGAAGGUUACAGGCACUAAUCUAUUAAGUGCUUGUAAGCUGGUCUUCAAAAUAAGCAGAAAUGAGAAAAAUGAUCCAGAAUUUCUAAAAGGAGAUAUUCUAGAUGUACUUAUGGACACACUGAAAAGCACGGAUCCCUUCAAUGCUAGUGAGGCCCUGGUAUUCUGUAUAGGGUCCUUAAAACUGUUAACUGGUAACUCCACAAUAGUCAAACAGUUAGUGAAGAAGGACUGUAUAGAAAGCCUGGCGCUUCUCCUCAACAGUAUUAAUAAAACUAUAAGGGAAGGCAGUGAGCCAACAACACAGAUAGGAAACAUUCUUAUCCAGGCUACAGCAGCCCUGAGAAACCUUGCUGAUGCUGGCUCCAGUAGAGAGAGGUUACUAGGAUGUCAGGCCACUGAAUCCCUGUGUCUCAUCAUAGACAGCUUCACGUCAGACGGGGACCUCAUGCUUAACAUCUCCAGAAUAUUCAGUAAGGUGACAUUACACACUGAUUGUUGUACUGCCCUGGCUGAUUACCCUACUUCAUACAGAUCAUUUGUCAGUGUUCUCCAGAAACACCAACACAAGUCUGAUGUGGUGGUUCGAGUGAGUUUUGUGUUGGGGAACAUGACAGCUAAGAAUGAAGUGGCCAGACUCCGACUUUUCCAGGAGGCUGGGUCUUUUGACAUCCUUCUGACCUUGUUUAGGUUUUACUUGGAACAGGAUGUUAAGAAUCAAGGUAAAGAGGUGAAGAAAGAAGUGACAGAAGAUGGCAGCACCGUCAACAAGACAGAGGAUGUACUUAUAAAGGUCAUCAGGGUCAUAGCCAACCUGUCAAUCAAUGAGAACGUGGGGCCAGUCAUAUGUUCCAACUACCAGUGUGUUGAUUACCUGCUCAAAGUAUUAGAAACUAAAGAUGUGUCCAGUAGUGAGGAACUUGUACUUAAUACAGUAGCCACUAUCAACAACCUUUCCUUCUAUAACACCAAAACCAGUGCCAUCACUACCCACCAAGUCAGAGUUUUAGAAGCCCUUCUGAAGCUGGUACUGGCCAAUAAUAUGGAGGCAAUGGUUGAGGCAUGCCGAGUGUUUGCCAAUCUUACAAGACAGAGGGUGGUCCGAGACUUCCUCACUGAACAGAAGAUUGACAGAAUGCUUGUCACAAUGCUAGACUCAGGAAACCGGGAGGUUGUUUACAUUUCCUGUGGAGUUCUUAUCAACUUUAUGGUGGACGAGGAGAAGAGGCCUAUGUUAAAACAGGAACACGGUAUCAGAAAAUUAGUUGAGGUUCUGCGAGACUUCAGUAAGACUGACUGGGAACUGGCCAGUCUAGUGUGUCAAAUUCUGUGGAAUUACAGUGGUAAAAUCACAAGUUCUAAUGACUGCUUCGGUCAACAGGAGUCUCAGGAUCUCAUGGAACUUCUCAUGGAGUUACUAGACAGAGACUCUGCCUUAGAUUUAUCAUUUAAAGAGGACGAGGAAAUGACAGACUAUUUUGAGGAGACGUGGACAGAACAGUUUUGUCCCGUGGCAGAACAGUUACUACAGAGGAUAGAGACCCACCAGUCUGACCUAGAACCAUUAGACAACCCCAGCGGGUCAUAGUCAGGACUCGAGCCUAGGAUCUUAUAUUUAAACUAAAUCACCACUUAAAGAAUAUGCAUUGAAAUAUGAUAGAUGUCUGUAUCUUGUGUGUUGAUAAAAAGUAUACCUGCUAUUAAUAGUCAUUUACUUCAAUUUUGAAAUACUGGACUAUCUUAAAAUUGUCCAAUACUCAUGAAGAAAAUAUAAGUAUGGAUAUUAAAUGUUCUAACAUGGAAAAUGUCUAUACCAUUUAAUUGUAUUUGUGAGUGAUCUUGCUUGUUUUUCAGAUGUCAUUACCUUUUAUCUGAAAUCUUGAUUCUCUAGUCUGUGAGCUAUUUAUUGGUGAGUGAGAAGAACAUAUCAGUGAUCAUUCCGUCCAUGAAUUGUCCAGAUACUGACAUAAUAAAUCUACUGUGUUCAAAUGCCAGAAAAUCCGUCCAUUUGUUGUUUUUUUUCUGUAGACAAGCUAUAGCUAUGUGUGUAGUGGAUUAUGAAUUUCAUAAAUAAUCAUUUUAUUUUGCACUUUAGUCUGUUGAAAAUUUAAGGACCUUUCUUGUGCUGAUAAUACAUGUAUAUUUAGUUGAAAAAGUAGACUAAGUCAAUAUUAUACCAUGUUAGGACUCUAAACUAAAACAUGAAUAAUUAUUUUAAUACAUUUAUUAGAGACUCUUAGUGAGCUUUCUGAUCAGAUUGUUUAUGUAUCUGUCAUUCAAUUUAACAUGCAUUCUCUGGAAAGGCUGUACAUGUAUACUAAAAAACAAAAAUAGUAGCUGAUGAAUGAUACUGGGAAAAUAUUUUAUAAUUUUUACUGUUAGUUGCUUUUCUCUGCAAUAUUAUACAUAUAUUAAAAAUGCUUUGUAAUUAUAAUAAAAAGUCAUUAUGAAAAAUCAUCAAAGUACAUAUAUUAUGAGAAUGUGCAUUACAGAUUGUAACUAUAACACAUUAUUUCUUAUACAAAAAAUAUAUAUCUUUAGGUAUAUUGUAUUUAUUGUCUCUAUUUAUUUAUUCUGAUUCUCAAUCUAUGAACACUUGUUAUUGAUUGUUAAUUGUUAUUUUGAUUGGAAAAAAUGGACAAUGUGAUGAAAGUAUCCUCUCAAAUUCUUAAGCCCAAACAUUUUUUAUUCAUCCUAAAUCUGAAAAAAAAUAAUAAAAUUUUUUUUGAAAAAGAAAGGAACAGUCACCAGCCUAUACAUUGUACAAUGAAAUAAAUGUUGAAAUGUGAUAAUGCUCCAAUGGGAAAAAAAGCUUUUAUAUACAACUGUUAAUUUUUCUGUUUUUGAUCAAAGUGUAUGUUAUAAUUCUUUCAGUGUGGAUGUGAUUUUAUUGUGAUGUUUGAUAUACAAAUUAUCAGUAUUGGUUUAUUCUCAAGUAACAACAUGCUAGCCAAUAAAACAAAAGAAAUCUUA